AUGAAGGGGAACUCAGCUCGACCAAGGAGAGACAACCGCGAAGAGCAAAGGCUCGCUAAACGGAGAAAACUGAGGCAGCGGCAGCAGUCGGAACAACGGAAAUCCACGAUGCAGAGAUCAGCGACUGUGAUGAGGAAAGCAAUGAAUCUCAAUAAGCUCUGCGGAGCUCAGGUCUGCGUGGUUGCAUAUAUUGGACCCAAUGCCAAAGUUAAGGUCUGGCCAGAAGACGAGGACUUGGCCAAAGCCAUUAUCAGUAAGCACCAAGCAGCAGCUAUUAAGAACAGAAACAACCCUAAAACGCGAGAGGUCAACAUCUAUAAUUUUUUUCAAGGUAAGAUGAAGCAGCUUGAACAAAAGAUUGAGCUCGAUGACAAGGAACUAGACGCGUUAUCUGAGGAUUCAUUGAUGGAUCUGGCAGCAUUCUUAGAGUCCAAGCUACAGAAAUUGGACUACCCGGUUAGGUCAAUUGAAGGAAAAUCUGUUGUUCAUUUGCCGUAUAGUUAUGAUGACUGUAACUUGGUACACAAGGAACUACAUGUACAUCAGCCAUUAUUCGAUCCAAUUCUGAACUGCUCAGGAAACCUAAUGAUGAUGGGAUUUGAGGGUCAAACUAUGUUUUCCACUGCCACAGCCACAGCCACCUGGCCGUGGCAGAAUAGCCUUGCCGACGGUCAUUAUCAAUCUGCAGGCUUCGCAAAUUGCUCCAAUUGUAACAUGAUGACCGCCGGGCUAGUGGAUCCAAGUGUAUCAGCUGAAGCUGGGACAAGUGGUUCUUCAACUUUAGAAGUUGACCAAUACUUUGCUUGGAUGGGGUCCGAUAAUUGGGAGAACAACGUUAACGUGCUUGGGGUUGAGGACCGACCAGGAUCAAUGCUGGUUUUCAAUGGGUCAGACAAUUUUGGUGUGAUGAACAAUAAUCUUCUUCCUCAGCAGUGUAUGCCAUCCCAACUUGACGAUUCUUUCCCAAUAACAUCUUGGAGAAAUCUCUUGAGUUUCGGAUGA